UCAGCUCGUCGAUGGUCCUGGCAGAGAGAAUGCGCAUUGCGGCCACGAAGCGGCCGUCCACAAUGGGCGGCACUGUGCGUUCAGAGGACAACGGGGAAGAGGCCACAAUGGACAGAUGAAUGGGUUACCGCCGCCGGAUACCCACCUGCCUUUAUCUUCAUCAGGCGAUCGCUGUCAGUCCCCAGCAGCCGUAACCUCUCCAACAGGUCAGCCUAGAUAGUGAGAUAGAUACCGCACACAUUCCAUCGAGAAACAAUGACGGCAGCGCGCGUCGCGUACUCGCCAUUCGCUGAUCUCGAGCGCACCGUCCUCGCCUCCUGAGGCGGUGGGCGCGAAGGUGUCCCGGCCGGCCUGGAUCAGGCGCUUGUCGAAGGAGAACGGCAGAAAGUCAUGGGGGCCGCCCUCGGGCACAAACCCGUACCACGUCAGAUAAAAGGACGAUGGCAACCUGAUUGCAUUCACACCAACAACAAAGGCCAACACACGGCACAGUGGGAGGGUGGAUGGCAGGCAUUCACGUCCCUCCUCUCUCUCUCUCUCUCUCUCUCUCGGUGUGUAUGUGUGUGUGUGUGUGUGUGUGUCUUACUCUUGGCUCCUCGCAAAGCGACCGUAGUCGUAACGGAGGAAUUCACCCGCCGAGAUAUCCCUUUUGACAUACAUAAAAUGAUACAGUAUGGACGAAAGGCUUGAGGGGAGGAUUGACAGAUCGAAAUGCAUACCGGUUGGCAACCACGAGAACGGACCCCUCCGCAUCCCAUUCCAGCCGGCAGUUGGCGUCGAAGAAGAAUUCGUGAUUGAUCAUGUCAACCAGGGGCACCAAGCGAGCAGGGAACACCAAUGCAUCGAUGAAUUGUUUACUGUCUGGAAAUGACCUGACGCACAGACAGACAUGAGGGUCGGUCUAUCUCUCUGUCUGGCUGGCUGGCUGGCUGGCUGGGGGGAAGGGGGGGUCACUUACCUGGGAAGCCAGAUAGACCGUGUGUAGGAAAUAGCCAAGGCCCACCCCAAGAGGUUCGCGUCCACCUCCACCUCCCCACCACCACCAACACCACCACCGUUGGCACCGGCGGCAUCACUCUCGAAGAACAUACGCUUUGUGGUCACAUACCGGUGAGAGAUCUUCUUGGCCAGCUGCAUCAGGGACUUGGACACCGAUCCGACAUGCGCCCGUUGGCCGGUCUCCUCGAGCGCGGCGAGGCAGGCCGAGUUGAAGAACAGUGGGAGCCCGACAAAGGAUGCCGGCAGGACGUCGAUGUAGGGUUGGAAGAAGGAGUUGCCCUUGAUGCGCUCGGCGAGCACCACCAGCCCAAGCUGCAGCAUGAACAGGUCGGGGGGCACUGAGCCGUCAACGGUUUCCGGCAGUUGAAUGCCUGCAUGUAUUAUUGCACACAUCCAUCCAUCCAUCCACCCACCCACCAGUCAAUCAAUCGAGACGAGAAAGACCGUGGGCACGCCGACUCUCUCUCUGUGUCUGUCUGUCUGUCUAUCUGUCCAUUGUACCUUUGAGCAACCAUUCCAUAUCGUGUCGAUAGGUGGCAUUGACGUCCAUGUGCAGCCUCCUCGGCACAUAGAGCACCACCUCCCCCUCCCUCUUGUCCUUCAGACACUUCACCCCAAACCCCAUACCCCUCUCCCUCUCACAGACCACGUCGCUCGCCACACCGCCGUGCCGAGUGAUCCAGCUCUGCAGUGCGUCGAAGCUCUUCUUCAGGGCUGGCACAGACACACUGGCCGUGGCCGGCGUGGCCAUCAUUGGUGGCGCCGGCUGAUGAUUCUUCCGCCUUCGUCUAUUGUGCUGAUGGAGGGGUGUGUGCUGAUGGAUGAAUGACGCCGGCCGGAUGGACGGCGCAAGAGGGCUGGCGGCGGCAGAAAGGCACGGCAUCGCCAGGACGGUGCAUAGCAGCGAGAUGGGAGGGUGGGGCAGUGCUGACCUCCUCCUCUUUCGCUUUCCUGAGCCCCGGUGUUGCAGAUCUUGAUGCACACGGAUGCGGAUCGUUGAUACCAUUAGAUCUGCCUGGCAGGCUGAGUCUGU